GGGCACUGCCGGCGCUCCGCCAGGGCCGGGGGCGGGGUCGCCGUCGCUUCCUCCGCGGCGCUUGUGGGCGGUCGGGCUCGCCAUGGGGCAGUGUUUGCCGUGCAUGGGGGGCGCUGUCAAGGACGUGGUGGAGACGCCCGACCCGGAAAUAAAAAGAAGACAACUAGCAGAAGCCGCUGAAAAGAGGCAGAUGGAGGCUUCCUCUCGAGGUAUUAAGAAUGUUUACUCUGUAGAGCAGAAGAAAAAGAAACAGGAAGAAAUAGACAGAAGAAUGGCAGCUUCACGUCCUGGAGGAGAAGGAGGACUGAGAUGGCAGGUUGGAUAACACAUGACUUCUGAAGAGAAGAUGAUUGAUGUUUACUGCCAAUAACUUGUCAGUUUCUGCAGCCAAGUGGCACUUACUCAUCAUGUGGCUUUUGCUGUUUACAUCUGAAAACUCAGCAGUACUUUGCCAUUGUGGGACAAUGGAUGUGGAAACACUCACAAAGAAACUGAAGAACUAAAUCUGAACACUAUGGUUUUGCCAAUUAUGUUUGUUUUCCAUGCAUGUUUUAUUACUUCCCUGUCAAGACUUCCUGUCAGCUGGAAGUGGCCUCCUUAUGUGUAGUCAGUCAAUAUGUGUAUAGUGUCUGGUUAAUUGAUGCCUGUCUGUCUGUGUAGGACUGGCCUGAGCAAGCUCAGGUGCCCAUGUGUUGGUUUUGAUGCUUAUUUCAAGCUCUACAAUUAAACUUUUCUCCAAGUCCUCAUGUAGAAAGUUUUUCAUAUAUAUAUAUGUAUAUGUGUAUUUGAAUAUGCAGAUAAGAGCAUUUCUUUUCUGUUUCCUAAUGACUCUUGGACUGCUUAGGAAUUUAGUGCCUUUUUCAAAAAAAGAAAAGUAGAGUCAUGGUGGGUCUUUACAAAUGGAAUAAUUUUGUGACUAGUUAUAAGAAAAAAUAGAAACCUUUAUAAAUCCUGUGUUCUUAGAUCAAGAAUG